AUGUCGAAUGAAGAUAAACAAAAAAUUGAUGAAACAUUUGUUACACCAUGGAAUUUAGCUAUUUAUUAUCGACGAAUUUUUCCAUCACAUAUCUAUUGUAAAUGGCUUGCUUAUGGAGAACCUGCAGCAAGUUCACAAUUUGCUCAACGUGAAUUUAGUUUUACACUUGAAAAUGAUGUUUAUCGUCGUUAUCUUUCAUUUUCUAAUCAUAUUGAAUUUGAAAAAGAAUUAAUAAAAAUGUGUCCAGAAAAAAUUGAUAUUGGUGCUGUUUAUUCAGCUAAACCAAAAGAUCAUAAAAUGCUUUCUCCAGCACAAUUUUAUCCAAUUGAACGUGAACUUGUCUUUGAUAUUGAUAUGACAGAUUAUGAUGAUGUUCGAUUUUGUUGUCGUGGUGCUGAUAUUUGUUCUAAAUGUUGGACAUUAAUGAGAUUUGCUAUGCAAAUUAUUGAUCGUGUAUUACAUGAAGAUUUUGGAUUUGAACAUCGUUUAUGGAUUUAUUCUGGUCGACGUGGUGUUCAUUGUUGGGUUUGUGAUCAAAUAGCAAGAGAAUUACAAUCAAGUAUUCGACAAGCUAUUGUUGAACAUAUAUCUAUUGUUACUAGUGGAAAAGAAUCAUCAAAACGUGUUACACUUUAUCAUCCAUUACAUCCAUCACUUCAACGAGCUCGUGAAAUAAUUUUAACUGAAUUUGAUGGAUAUGCAUGUUUAGAACAAGAUUUUCUUGGAGAUGAUCAACCAGAACGAUGGGCUGCUUUUAAACAACAUACUGAUGCAAUGAUUAAUUCCGUAACAUCGACUACUAAAUUUCGUAAAGCUGUUUAUACAACAUUAAUUGAUGAAAUAAUGUUUGAAUAUAGUUAUCCACGUCUUGAUGUAAAUGUAACAAAAGGAAUGAAUCAUUUACUUAAAUCACCAUUUAGUAUACAUCCAAAAACUGGUCGUGUAUCAAUACCAAUUCAUUUAAAUUCAUUAGGAUAUUUUGAUCCAUGUAAAGAAGGUUCAGUUCCAAAAUUAAAUGAAUUAUGUCAACAAGUUGAACAAUUACCAAAACAAUAUGAAGAUGGUUUAAAUGAAAAAAUUUCUACUAAACAAAAAGAUUAUAAUCAAACAUCUCUUAAACCAUUUAUUGAUAUAUUUGCACGUUUUGUUCAACAAUCACAAACAAAUAAACAAAAUGAAACAUUAGAUAGAAGUGAUUUCAAUACAAUGUUAUCAGGAGAAAUUUGA